AGUCUGUGUUUCAGUGUCGUCCCAUGAAGACGCGCGUCACAUUGUAAUUCACCGUGAGGCUUUUCCUUUCGCGUCAAAAAUUUUGUCGAUGUUUGCUGACGGUUUUAGCGCACCCCACGCGCCCCCUCAAUGGGCCACCCCCUUGCACUCUGACACUGGUGUCUUGCUGUGCGGUCAAAACUAAAUGGACAAACUUUCACGUUCGCAAAGCUCUAUCGGGAUUUUCUCGUGCUGGUGCCACCAUUCAUCCACCUUCGCGCCACUUUUGAAUUUUCCACCCAACACACAGAGAAAAUUUCAUACCCAUAUUUUUUUUGGGGGGUGAAUAAAUUCACACAUAAGAAAACAUUUAAUACCUCUCGCAAAUCCCGUUUAGGUGGGUGGGGGUUUUUGGGGAAAACUAUAGUGCUGUGAUUUCCAUUGAAUGGGUCCAUAGAGUGAAGAUUUUCCCCCAAAGACACAGAAGAAAAAAAAAGGAAGAAGAGAGAACACCCAGGGAGGGAAAUUCAAGUGCGAACGGAGCAGAGAGACAGUGCGGUGCUUAUAGGAAAGCGAACAAGAAAAAGGGGGCCACCUCACUUUUACUCCACACCGUAUUCUUCCUCUAAGUGCGACCACAAUCGCAGAUAUUGCACCCAAGAGAUCUUCCACACACCCAGCACUCUAUUUGAAGAUUACAUUAUUUUGCACAAGAAAGGAGAGUGGCUAUUUUGUGAGUGAUUGUGAGUGAAUCACACAUUCCCAUCUACUUGUCCUGGGUGCAAAAACGCAAUCACACACGAGCAAAUUAUUCAUUAAGUGCUACAAGUGGAGGAAAAUUGCAAAAAGAAAACAUCAAAAUGAAGAUGUCUAAAUUGUCCAACCAAACCAACUCCCAGGAUCCCCAGGCGGUGAAUUCUCGGAUUUUUGUUGGAAACCUCAACACAUUUCAGUGCUCGAAAACGGACGUUGAACGAAUGUUUCAGCGAUACGGUCGACUAGCCGGAAUCUCCAUGCACAAGGGCUAUGCUUUCGUCCAAUUCACAAAUCCCUUCGAUGCGAGAAAUGCCUGCCAUGGAGAGGAUGGUCGUACCGUACUUAGCCAGACUUUAGAUGUUAACAUGGUGGCCGAACCGAAGCCCCAUCAGAUUGGCAGGAAGCGCCAAAAUGUUACUAAAACAGGAAAUGAUUGGGAUUACUACUACGAUAGCUACUGUGCAUCGACACUCCUGCCCACAAAUGCCCCACGUCCGAUCAAGCGUCAACGAUUAAUGGGACCACAGCAGCAGCAGCAGCAACUACAGCAGAAUCGCCUGACUGUCAGUGUCCAACAAAUAAAUGGGAAAGUGAAUGUAUUGAGUAUUCAGCCGACGACACAGAACCAGCAACAGCAGAUGAUUCUGCCGACAAGCCCACUCCCCAAUGGGAGCCAUAGUAAUGCAAAUGGGCACAAUGGUUCGAGUGACGGCAUCGUUAAUGGCACCGGGGGUGGAGAUCCCCAAAUGCAUACUUCUCAGCAUCUCGUCAACGGUCAGCAAUUGUUCGAAACAUUCAAAAUCUACAGCAAUCCCGACACACUCAUUUGCGGCAACUGCCGGGAGAGUUUCAGCAAUCUCAGUGAUUUGUUGGACCACAAGAGGACCUACUGUAAGCUCAGAUUCACAUGCAAAUGUCACCAGAUAUCAGCAGAUAGGAAUUUCAGUAACUACCAGAACCCAUUGCCUGCAGCUAGACUACUCUGUGUUGUCUGCAAGGAUCCCUUCUCUAAUCCUUGGGACUUGAUGGUCCACGCCCAAACGGCCCAUAUGAUUAAUAUCUACGAACUGGGGCACGAUCCAGGGUCAUCUACAGCUUCCGCUAUUGAAUCCUCCGAUGCUGCGGCAACAAAGGAUGAUUCAUCUUCAACGAAGGAUUCAACUGAAAUGCCCGAAGAGACGGCAAGUCAAGGUGGUGCCUCAAACAAGGAUGACUCCGAUCCGGCAAAUCCAUCAUCGACGGAUGUUAAUUUAUUCGAGGAGACUGCCACAUCAUCGUCACCCCCAUCGCCCGAGGAGACGGCCGUGAAGGUGAAUGGCUCCACAUUGCCCCAGAAGGACUCCCGUGAGGGAUCUACUUCGCCCCAUGACUCCCACAUUGUUGGUGCUCUUAGUAUUGAAUCAUCAACAAAACCAUCACACACAAAUAAUCCCACCGGUCUUGAACUUAUCACCCCGUCUAUGGUCUAAAGAGGAGGACAACAAAGGAGGGGAUUAAAGUGCAAGGCAACUAAUUUUGCCCUAACAUUUCAACGUCUUCUGUGAGCUAAAAAUACCCUUUUAUAAAUAAAUUCAUAAUGAUAUAUAGAAAGAAAUAUAAAUCAUAAAUAUUCUAAAUUAUAUACUUUUCAUCACAAGGAGAAGAAAUUUAAUGAAAAAAAAAGUUCUUCAAGCGAAAAUGUGGAUCUAACCAUGUACAUAUCAUUGCAACUAUUGCUAUAGAUGAGAAUAUAUUUAUUCGGGGAAGUGAAAAGUUUUUAGCAAAAGAAAAUCUGAUAUACAACCAAAAAUCAUUAAAGAAAUAGUAUAAGAAAAAAAAAA